UAAUUUUGCAAAUUAAAAUCAAAACCGACUGUAAAUUAGAAAUAUAUAAUUGAAAGAUAAGAAAAUUAAUCACUGUUACCUUUUCAUCGUAUGCAAUGCAAUGAUUAAUAAUAACAAAACAUUUUUCUUAUUAGCUUAACAAUAAAUAAUUAUUUUGUGUUAUCUUGUUAUCCUAAGAAUAUAGCCAUGUCUGAUAUUUCCGAGGCAUCGCCAACUGAUUCUAAAGUUAUCAGGGACGAAAAGUCCAAUGUUAAUGGUGAAGGUGAUAUAGAUGAUGACAUGUCCGCUAAAAUGACCGCAUCUUACAGUGAAAUAUCGUUUCAUUCAGACAAUGGACAAAAUGAUGAAACAAAAGCAGCAGGUCCAUCAAGACCAUAUGAUCUUCCAUCAGAGAACAGGAGACAGGACAAAAUACCAUUAGAUAUUGAUGGACAUGUUCGGUAUGUUGGUGAAAUGACCCAUUAUGUAGCAGAUGAUUUAGAGUUCAAGAUAAAACUAUCGAGUCCAGUAACAAAAAAAGGUGAAACACCUGUCUUUGGCAGUUCUAGUGCUUCGCGAUCAAGCACACCUUCUGGUAAACUAUAUAGGCAAAUUUUAGCACCACAGAUAGGACAGAUAGAUAUAACAGUUCUUAAUGACUUAGAACACGAAGCUCAAAAAAUUGCGCAAUCUGUUGAUAAUCUUAUAGAGAACUUAUCUAACAUUCUUCAUUCUAAUUCAUCACUAACAGCUGAAAACAUGGAUGUAUAUAAAGAUGCUGUUGGAAAAACUUGUGAUGCAAUGGACAAUAAUAUAAAAAGUAUGUAUACAAUUCUGGCUAAAGGAGAAGAAGUGUCUCAAGCCAUGAUUCCAGUUCAAGCACAAGCAAAUAGAAUCACUGAAAUAAAGAGAUUAUUACAGAUAUUUGAAAGUUACUUUUAAGUAUACAAAUUACCAUAUUUAAGGAUAGUCAUUCAGUAUUUUCAUUUUUGGGUAUUAUUUCUAAGUUUUACAGAAUUUUAACAGAUUAGUAUUUUUUUAUUAAUUUAAAAAUACAUUUAAUUGUUAAUUGUAUGAAAUUGUCUACUAUAU